CAGCGCGCAGAUCGUGUCGGCCGCACGGGAUGCUGAGUCCGGCGUAGGAUCAGUCGUACGCCUGGCUCCCACCCGUCGACGUCUGCCGGGUUGUUCGUCGAGUGGUCGAGACGUCGACGAUUCGUCGAUAGCGUCCGCGUGCCGACUCGCAGAAUCUCCAUCGUCGUCUCCUCGCGUCGCGGUCGUCGUUCGCGGUUGUCGAGGGUGCAGAGGGACGUUCGCGCGCGUCCAUCUCGUCUCCGGCGGCCGAAAACAUCCCCCCGCGACUCGUCCUCGCGGUUCGCUACGCCGCGGCCGUUUAGCCACGUCCAGAGAAAAACCCGUUCAACCCCGGUUCGACGGUGACUCACUCGGACUCGCAGCGAAUCGAACCGCCAUGGAGAUUCUCGCGUGAGAGGCGUGUUCUUCCGGGGACCCAGCCGACGAGCAAAAAGGAAAAAGCGAGCGGCCCCGAUACAGAAUUAAUAAUGCCGAGGGGUAGGAGCGGUGCGGAGGAUCGGCUGAAUUUUACUUACAGGGGAUCACAGGGUUAUCCCAGACGAGGACAAAAGUGAAGCCGCAGCGAUGGGGGUGUACGUGAUAGGGGUGGUCGGCGUGAUCGUGUUUUAUCUGGCCGUGCUGGGUGUCGGCAUUUGGGCGGCCGCCGUCAAGAGGAAAAAGGCACGAGAAGUCCAGGAUGCCAUGAUGCUGGCGAAUCGCGGCCUCGGCCCGCUUCUUGGUAUCUUCACCCUAAUUGCCACGUGGGUCGGCGGCGCCUACGUGAACGGGACCGCGGAAGCCAUGUUUACCAGAGGACUGGCCUGGUGUCAAGUGCCCUUCGGCUACAGCCUCAGCCUGCUGUUCGGCGCGGUGCUGUUCGUGCGACCGAUGAGGAAGGCCGAGCACGUGACGAUGCUGGAUCCUUUUCAAGAGAGAUACGGCGCCGGAGUCGGAGGUCUGCUGUUUUUGCCAGCGCUUUGCGGCGAUCUGUUCUGGUGCGCCGCGGUCCUCAGAGCCCUCGGCACUUCGUUGGCAGUGGUCGCCGGGGUUGAUCCUAACAUCAGCGUCUGCGUGUCCGCUGUUUUCGCGGUGACGUACACCAUGUUCGGCGGGCUCUACUCGGUCGCGUACACGGACGCCUUGCAAUUGGCCUGCAUCGUGGUCGGCUUGGGAAUAGCUGCGCCCUUCUCCGUUCUCCACCCCGCCGUGUCCUUCGAGAAGAACCUGGCGACCCGCGAAUGGCUCGGCGAAAUUAGGAACGAAGACUUGGGGGAGUGGGUGGACGGAAUGCUGUUGCUGAUAUUCGGCGGGAUACCGUGGCAGGGCUACUUCCAGCGAAUCUUGAGCAUGAAGAGCACCACGAUGGCGAUGACGCUGUCGAUAGCGUCGAUGUCCGGCUGCAUGAUUCUCGCGUUUCCGUCGGCGUUGAUCGGCGUGGUGGCACGUGCCACGGACUGGUCGUUGGUCGACGGAUUCAAUAAAAGUUGGGCGGCACACGACCCGAACGCUGCGAUGCCCAUGGUGCUGCGCUAUCUGACACCGCAGUGGGUCUCCUUCGUCGGGUUGGGAGCGAUCUCGGCAGCGGUGAUGUCGUCGGCAGAUUCCGGCAUAUUGGCUAGCAGCUCGAUGUUCGCCAGAAACGUUUACAGGCUGACUCUCAGACCGAAGGCAUCCGAAAGGGAGCUGAACUGGAUACUGAGGAUCGCGAUGGUCGUAAUCACGGUACUGUCGACCGCGAUCGCCCUCACGGUGGACAGCGUUUAUUAUCUGUCGUACUUGUGCUCCGAUCUCGUCUACGUGAUACUGUUCCCGCAAUUGCUGGCUGUCGUCCAUUGGCCCUCCUUGGUCGACACUUACGGAUGCCUGGCGGCCUACUUCGUCGCCGUUGUCUUGCGUCUUUGCGGUGGCGAGAAGGGCCUAGGAGUGCCGGCGCUGAUCGAGUACCCGUUCUACGACACGGAAACGCAGACACAGAAGUUUCCGUUCCGCACCGGCGCCAUGUUGGCAGCCCUCUUCACUCUGCUCGUCACGAGCUUCUUCACCAGAAAUCUCCUCGGGAAGGGCUAUUUCCCGCGUUGCUGCGACGUGCUCAGCGUUUACUCGCCCGGAAAAUCGAAGGACCAGUCGGGGGUGGUGCAGAGCAGCUCCGGCGCUGCUUUAAUGGACACUUCUUCCGUUAAUAAAUCGACGUCGGGGAUGGACUCCUGCGACGGGAUCGGGACCGGAAGCUACGACGACGACAGGACGACCACAAACUCCGUGGAGGACGUGACGGACCGCGACAACAGCACCCUGGGCGGAGACAGCUACGACAAAGGGACCCCGAAGGUGAACAACGUGGUCCAGAAGGCGAACCAGAGCCUCCAGCAUCUGCACACCCUGAGGAACUCGAUACACCCCAGGCCGAUCCCCACGCCGACCCACUACGCGCCGAUGCAGGCCACCGACCUCUCCAGAGCUCAGAUUUUAGGCGUGAGAAACCUGCGAGGCUCGAUCGGCCAGAUGCUGCCGGUGAUCUCGACGGGAAACACCGUCACCAUGGCCGCGAUCCCCAUGAACUGUACGAUGGCCGCGCCCGUCGCCCCCGGGCCACCUUACGCCAGGGUGGCCGACACUGCUAUGGGCAACGAGAAGAUCAGGGAGAACGAGAGGAUCAGCAUCGUCGAGAGGAGCAACGCCGAGUUCCAGAACGCUCCCGACAGCAUGCUGACCACCAUAGGGAUCAAGAAGAACGUGAAGGGGGUGAAGCUGGUCGGCAUGGAGGGUGGCACCCUUCGGAGACCGUCGUUGCAGGGCACGUUCUCGCCGACGCCCUCGGUGGAGCUCGUUCACAUUUUGGACAGAAGACAAAGCAGCGGCUCGUACGGGCCAGGCUCUCUGUCUCCCGUUCCCAUGGGAGUGGAGGCCUGCAAAACCCAUGGAACGGCUCCGGAGGGCCAAGGCGGUAACGAGCAUUGCAGGAUCAAGAGGGGCAUCGUCAGGCAUCACAGUUUGCGCAGCUUCAACGACACCGGCGACCGCGCGCUAACCACCUUGGCCAGGCAGCCGACGUAUCCUUCGAUGCCCUUGCGGCCGGAGGACUGUCGGAUGACCUUGGCCAAGAAGGACAGAAGGUCGUCGAUCGCCCGACACGGAUCCGUCACCACCGAGAAGGAGCUGAGCGGCUGCACCACCGGAUUGGUCGUUUGUAGUCCCACCUACAGCAUGUACAGCUCGGCCGUCAAGAACUCGAACUACUUCGUCACCGACGACGAAGCGGUCAGCAGGUUUUGAAGAGGCUGCCUAGCAUGGCAACCGGGACAACCACAGUGACCUCGUUUCACCCUGAUCGAUCUUGUACGCGCAAAGGUUCGGCCGGACCUUUCGUUCGCUGCAUUUCCCGCGAAGGCUGCCGAUUCGACGAACAUCUUCGACGUCUUCUCGAACAGCUUGUCUCCGAUUACUCGAUCGCUCUCCGUUGUACGAAACACCCGCGAACGUCGGCAGCCAAACGUCUCGGGACUUCGAACUUCGCCGACGAGGACCUUUUGUCAACCGCGUGCACGCGUGUUUCCAUGUCACACUGUGGUUGUUCCGACAAGGUGCGCGAGCAAGGACCACGAAGAACCAAGAUCGUACAAUCGACAAUCGAAUCCCGUCUGAUCAGUCGCGCGAGUCCGACCCUUUUCUACCCCCUCCCUCAACUAUCGUACAACUCUACCACUGCCCGUUUUACGCGACUUUCGAAAGUUAUCCUGGUUUUCUAUCGAAGAUUUUAAGACGCCGCCUCGAAACGGCCGAGCGACGCGUGUCCACCGGUAGACGAUUCUCGGAGAAACAUCCGACAUUUCGUACUCGUCCGAAAUUUCCACUGCAGUACCUUGACCAGAAAUAGCGCGUGCUUCCUACGAGUACCACGUUUCUUCGUAUUCCAGCCGAAUCUCGUCGUCGAGCAGCUGCGGUCACCGGUAAAUAGAGGCACCGUGUAAAUGUAAAGUAAACUUAUCGUUAGCGUAAACGCGUUCGAUUCGCGAGCAAACGGACGACUUCCUUCGCACUUAAUUGUAACGCACUCUCUUAUAAUCUAUCGGGCGAGUGCCCGAAUCACCAGAUUCGGUCAUCGACGACCGGUCGAUCGUGUUUUCGCCGGAAAAUCUGUGCUCCGAGUCGCGUCGCGGUUCCCGAUGCUCGUGUCUUCGGUUGGAAGAGAACCAUGCCGCGUCCCUUCGAUCUUCGAUCAUGGCAGAGUCGACGGCAGAACGACUCGAGGAUGGAUCGAUCGUCCUGGGUCCCAUGGUGUCGAUCCCGUUUUUCUACCGCGGCUGAUCCGCCGAGCGAGUCCGUCGCGAACCGAAGGAUCUCUCCCUACUUCGAGUCAAGAAAGUUUAUUCUCUAGGAACGGAAAUGGAUAGCAGGAGGCGAAAGGAUUCGUUUUCCGGAUCGACGAUCGGCGAUCCCGAAGGGACUCGGCCCUGGAUCGGUACAAGUUCUCGUCCCCGGUCGAGAUCCUGUUCAGACUGAUUCGCGAACCCGAUAAACCCAUUCACGUUUCGGACACGGUGAUUCAUUUUUGUACAAAUUACGGAGCGGGCGUCUGUUCGCGCGUGCUCCGUUGUAGAUAGAACGAUCGAUUCGCGGAAUAGAUCGAGGACCUUUGGCCAGUUUCGUCGUGUACAAGCCAAUGAUACCUUUUAAGGGACACGAUUAAGCACUAGGUAAUUAUCUACGAGAUAGAUUAGUCGAUUAGGUCGUAUAAAUCGUUAAGAAUGGUGCACGCUGCUACCACUUCUGAUGUCCAAAGAGAACGCGAGAGAGAAAGCGAGCGAGCGAGCGAGAGAGAGAGAGAGAGAGAGAGAAAGAGAGAGAGAAAAGAUACGAAAUUGAUACACGUAGCUGUGAAAGAUAGAAGCAGCAGCCUGAGCUUCCAUACUCGGCGUCAUCUUGUCGGCGUUUCCGGCGGGAAGAAGCAUUCCUUCGCUCUAGAUGUCCGUUGCAAUUUGUAGAUCAGUCGUCCAAAUUUUGGGGACAUAAGAGGUUCGAGAUCCAGCGAAACUCUAUACCUCGUAUCCCCAUAUACCAUGAAUCUCCAUACCUCGUAGCCUCAGCAUCCCCUAAUACCCGGAUAGAUCUUUGAAUCUCGAAAUCUCCAUCCUCGUCUCAACUUUGAAUUCCUCGAAUUGCUAAACUCGCAUCCUCCAUGAUUCCCAAAUGUCUGUAGACGCAUCUUAGGAUCGACAAAUCCUCGAAUCUAGGUUUUCGAAUCUUUGUUGCCACCGGAAACGCGCUA